UGAUGAUUGACAUAAUCAAUAAUUUUUAGGUUUGAAAUGGGCGAUAUCAAAAGAGACGCUGAUGUAGUUUUGGAAGCGGACAAGUGUCAGUUUGUGCUCAAGAAGAAGAAGCGGCAGUGUCGAUUGACUCCAAUGAAGAAUGAAGUCUUAUGCGGAGAACACAUUAUUCAUUCUUACAAAGCGGACCAAAAUCUGGAAGUUCCAACAAACGACACAACCCCCAGUAAUAAAAGUGGAGCUCUUAAAAGAGUCAGAUGUCCACUGGACCCAAAGCACACAGUUUGUGAGUCGAAGUUGACAAAACACAUGAAAAUAUGCAAUUCGAGAGACCCAGUUGAGCUUCCUUACUUCAAGAAAAACGUCAACCUUAUUCCUCAAAGCGAUGCGACAACAGUUAAUUCAUUUAAAAUGACUGCAUCAUCAACUAGUAGUGAUUUUUCAACUCCUUCCAAGAGUAAAAUGGCACCUUCACCGGAAGAAGUCUCUGCAAUUGUGAACAAAAUUGAACCAAAAUUUGGUCUUAAGUCUUCUAAUUCCUUAGUGAAACAAUUUCUGGACCACCCUAAAGUGUUUCUGGACGAAGCAGAUCGCGAUUUUACGUCAAAAAAAGGCAAAGAAGCUUAUCGCCAUGUUUUACAGAUUGGGUCGUUACUACGAAAGUUGGAGGUGAAUAACUAUUUUGAGAAUGAUAAUACUCUUUUUAUAGAAAUGGGAGCGGGCAGGGGACAACUAUCAUAUUGGGCGGCGGUGGUAAAAGACAAAAAACUACCAAUUUUGCUAGUCGACAAUGCGAAUGUGAAAAAUAAAUUUGACCAUCACUACAAGUAUGACUCGCCGGAGUUUUACCAAAGAAUUAAUAUGAAUAUUGGAGAUUUGGAUCUUUCUGAAGUUCCUUUUCUAAAACAGUUUAACAACAAAAAUAAAAUAAAUGAAGUCGAGUCGUGCAGCGACACGUUGCCAAAUAGUAGAACAUACGAGUUCUUAAUGGCAACAAAGCAUCUUUGUGGAGCAGCUACUGAUUUUGCCAUUACAUGCGCUGUUAAUUUUGCCAGAAAAUCUGCACAAAACAUACCCGACAUGUUGCUUACAUUUUGCUGUCAUCACAGGUGUUCAUGGGAAAGCUACGUUGGUAAACAAUUUUUCCUAGAAAAUAGUUUCACUGCAGAAGAUUUUCACAUAAUGAGUAGAAUAUCAGCGUGGUACACAUGUGGGGAUAAAUGGCAUGCCGAGCAUACAAAUUCAAACGAGGGUGCAAAAAAUGAAAAUGAAGAGUACAAUAAUCUGAAGUAUUCUGCAGAAGAGAAAGAAAGAAUAGGACUGCAGUGUAAAUAUCUGAUUAAUUUGGGUAGACUGAAAUAUUUGGAGGGACUGGGAAUGAAAUGUGAAAUGUACAAUUAUGUAGACUCGUCUGUCACUUUAGAAAACGUUGCUCUUCUAGCUAAAUUCAACUCUUAAUUUAUUA